AUGAAGAAAGUAGCUAAAGUUGCCAUUAUUGGCGCAGGGGCAGCAGGUUUGUGUGCUCUAAGAGUCUUCACCGACUCAUCCGCAAACUCGUCAACCAGUUUUUGUGUGGUAUGUUACGAACAAGGAUCUCGAGUUGGCGGCACGUGGAUCUAUACAGAUCAAGUUGGACAGGAUGAGAACGGCCUUCCGGUCCAUUCUAGCAUGUAUGAGAAUCUGAAAACUAAUUUGCCCAAAGAGUGCAUGGCUUUUCCAGAUUACCCAUUUCCGGAGUUGCCAUCUUUUGUCAGACAUGAGGAGGUGCAGAAAUACUUGGAAGAUUAUGCCACCCAUUUUGAUGUGCUUAAAUAUAUUGAGUUUCAGACAAUCGUAACUUUGGUAGAGCCAAUCUCUGACGACACAAACCAGUUUGGCACCAGCUGGAAAGUGACGACCAAAAGUGUCACAGACUCGUCACUGGAGAACACCAGUGUUUUUGAUGCUGUCCUUAUCUGCAACGGCCACUAUGCGGUGCCGCUGUUUCCAGAUAUACCAGGCUUGGAUACAUUUUCAGGAGAAAUCUUACACAGUCAUGACUACCGACGACCAACAGCAUUUUUAGACAAGAGAGUUCUGGUUUUAGGAGCUGCCUCUUCUGGCCAGGACAUUUCUAUAGAGGUGGCCAGUGUGGCCAAACAGGUUUUUCUUAGCCAUAAUAAGCCACUUCUGAAAUCACCACUUCCUGACAAUUUACAACAGAGACCUGGCAUCAAGAACAUCAACAAAGGUCGGGUGGAGUUUCUGGAUGGCAGCCAAGAAGAUGUGGACUUCCUCUUACUGUGCACUGGCUAUCAUUACCGCUACACCUUCCUGUCCGCAGCGUGCGGGGUUGAAGUGACGGAAAAUCGCGUGACCCCACUUUACAAACACCUGGUCCACACAAAACAUCCCAACCUGGCAAUCCUGGGUAUAUGCAAAGUUGUGAUUCCAUUUCCGAUGUUUCACAUGCAGGCCUCUUUUUGUAGAGCUGUUCUUGAUGGCAGCCUUAUUCUUCCAUCAGAAGCCGAGAUAAACAGAGAGACGGAGGAAGACUACAGAAGUCGGUUAGCAUCUGGCCUGCCUCACCGCCAUGCUCACGUCCUGAAUGAAGACCAGUUUAGCUACAACGAUGAGCUGGCAGACAUGGCCAAGGUGCCGAAACUCACCGAUCAUUACAAGCAGCUAAAUCAAGCCACUCGCAACCUGAGACAGUCGGAUCUUGUUGGCUACAAGAGACUCAACUUUGUUCUUGAUAAGGAAGAUGACACAUAUAAAAUACAGAACAGUAAUUUCUCAUUAUGA